AUGAUUUCAGGUUUGAGAAAACUAAAGAUAGUUCUGACUAUAGUUGGGAUCGUCGCGUUCCUUGGUGUUUAUUUUAUUUUCGAUGAAACUGAUUUUAAUAAUCAUUUUUACAAUCAUCAACAAGAGAAGAUUAAACCAAAGAAAUCUACACUUGAUAAAAAUCCUCGACCAAAUGGUUGUCGACUUCAAUUUAAAAGAAAUCAUUGUUUACAAAAUCUCCAGAAUCAAAUUGGAUUCAAGCAAUGUGGAAAUCCAGCAUGUUCAUGUUUUCCUCUGGAGAUCUUCGAAAAACAAACACCAUCCUAUCUCCUGGGAACAUUUCCGCCAAUAAUGGAACCUAUGUUCCCCAUCGAAAAAGAACUUUUAGACGUUGAACCUUUGAUGGAUAUAAAGAAAACGUCGAGUGCUAUUCUGUCACAUUUGGUUUUAUUAAGUUCUUCUAAAAUCUUUAAGGUCGGUGAUAUCAUAAACGUUAGAAUCGACGUGAAGGACGGAGCCGGACGACAGCGGACCGUCGGUGCCGAUUUCGUUCAAGUGUGGAUGAAAUCUGAUAAUGGUCCAAUGCGAGCAAGUAGUGCAGAAGUAGUUGACCUGAAAAACGGAAGUUACAUAGCUACAUUAAGAGCAUUAUGGGUUGGAGACGUAAUUAUAGUAGGAGCUUUGCCCUUAACAAGGGAGGCAAACGCUUUCAAUUUUCAAAUGGGACGAGAAUACAGAUCUAUGAAUUUUUAUGUUGGACAUUUUAAAAAAGAGAAACUGAACGAAUUUACUCUCUGUUCUAUGUUUUCUGUUAUCCCUGGAUAUAAACUCAUCUGUAAUUUAACAGAGAUGAAUUAUGGUUAUGGAUGGUAUUGUGGAAAACCGUUAAAUGGUAAACUGACGUGUAAUGAUUUUGUUUUCGCUAAAGACUAUGACUACGUUAAUAUCCCAAUUACUCCAGCUCUGUACAAAAUUUUCAUAAGAACUGAUAGAAAAAUCAUGAUCUCAUCACAGAUCCAGUUGAAAAUAGAAUCAGGUCGCACAUCCCAGCCCCAGCCAAACAAAAUUGACUGUACCGAGUUAUCCCGCCGUGAGACCUGGGAUAUGAUACAACCCACAGGAUACUUCAACAGAACAGAGUGGGAAAAUAUAAAAUGUCACAAUCAUGUGAACCAAAGGAACUUUUUAUCAUGUUUUAGGAACACAACUUUGAUAUUGUUUGGAGAUUCGACCGUUCGUCAGUAUUAUACUUAUAUACGGAAUGUCUCUAAAUGUAACCAGACCACAGCAAAGUGGACACAUUGGAAAUGGUACGGGGCAUCCCAUUGUGAGGUUUCUCGGUAUAAUUUUAGCCUCACUUGGGCAGUUCAAGAAUUUCCCUUUGUGGAGGGUUUUAAAACGACAGAGGGGGAAACAAACUUCAAACCGGCAGUUGUUCUGUUAAAUGAGGCACCAAGUUCUGGACGUAUUGUGUUCCUCAUUCAUUACUAUGCUCAUUUUUUGAGAGAACAUUAUUCAUUAUUUAUUGACCGGAUUCGAUCUCUAAAAACUCCAAUCCGAAACGCUUUAAAGAGAAAUAAGUACAUACAUAUAGCAAUCAAAUCACCUCACGUAUUUUAUUUUACUAAAUGUCCAGCACAGUUUAGCAUAUUUCAUGGCAAACUUUAUAUGGAUAUAUUGAAAAGAGAACUGGUCGAAUUUCAUGAUAAAGUGUGGUUUUUAAAUAUCUGGGACAUGAGUACUGCGUUCGAAAAUUACUACAUUCACCCACCCAAUGAAUUUGUGUGGCAAAAUUUACGGUUAUUGGCAGGAUAUGUGUGUAAUUAA